AUGCUGUCCAAAACGCUAUUUCGACCGACCUUCACAGCAUUGCAGACGGCGCGAUUCACGAGGACACUGGCGACCACCUCCGAACAGGCACCACCACCUUCAGUCGCAUCUACAAACACACCCAAACCGGCACAAGAUGCUGAGGCUCCAAUUCCUUCUGGCAAAUUGCCCCGAUUAAAUGAAACAGAUGAAGUCAAGCCGUGUGUACGCAAUGUGGAGUUCUUCGCCGAUUUUGCAAUCCGCGCCGCAUAUUACCUCAACCUUCCAGUCUCUGGGCCCAUUCCUCUUCCACGCAUCGUUGAACGCUGGACAGUUCCUCGAAGCAAUUUCGUGCAUAAAAAGAGCCAAGAGAACUUUGAACGUAUAACAUUGCGACGCCUCAUACAGAUCAAAGAUGGUCACCCUGAAAGUGUGCAACUGUGGCUGGCAUUUUUAAGACGACAUGCAUUUUACGGUGUCGGAAUGAAGGCCAAUGUUUGGGACUUUGAUGAUUUAGAUGUCGCCAGCGGACUUGACACGACAGCCGAGGACGUCAAUAAGGCACUGGAACCAUACUUCGCUCAGUUCGGUCAACGCCCUGACGCCAUAAAGGAUAAAUCAAUGCUGGAUCAGAUCAAUAGUGAAAGGUUUUUGAAUCCUCGGAGCCCAAUGAAUGAAGUCCAGUUGAAAUUUUCACGUGACAUCCCCGAAUGA